AUGGAGGCACAGUACGAUUCCUUCCUUGAUCAUCCGGCUCAAGAGCUGAUGGACAUGGAUGGAUCUUGUGCUGCAAGCCCUACUGGGCUGGUCUUUACCAAUUGGGAAACUCUCGACCUUUACCAUAUGGUCCACCACAGUCCCACGGAUGAUUACCCUCAGGCACCUCUUCGCGAUGAUGAUAUCGCAUGCGAUCCAUAUUUCACUACCCAGCUUCCACGACACUUUGAAAUGGGGGUUACUUUGUACCCCACGAACAAGACCUUUCAGGAGACCUAUAUGAAUCCCAGUGCAAACUAUAUGCUGCACGACUCGCAUGAUUCAUUCAUCUCCUGCCCCAUUCCCCAUUACUCUGUCCCCGAAGGUUCGGUAUGGGACCUGAUGACUCCCUCUGAUGGCGAAACCGUCUGGGAUCUAUCAGCUAUGGAUCCUGACAUUCGCAACAUCUCGGAGAGAGUUCAGUCAGAACUUUUCAGCCUCUGGGAGCCACCCGCCUCAGUUGCGCAGCAACGCUCAUCUGAGAGCAGUGAGAAUGAGCAAGACCCCCCUGCGGUGAGCUUUGCGCCAUCCCUUAUGGACGCUUUCCGUUACCCCUGUAGUUAUCCAGGAUGCACCAAGACCUUUAAGCGCAAGGAGCACGCCAAACGUCACUAUACUACAAAGCAUGGGAAUACUAACAGAAAUCCCCUGAGAUGCGAAUACUGCGGCAAGGACACCUUUACUCGCACAGACAAUCUGAAUGCGCAUCGAAGACUGCAUGCCAGACGAGCCCCCAAGGCUUGCAGCGGGGUUUAUUUUGUUCCCCAGGCGCUAGAGGAUCUCAGGAAAAACAAGAAAGGACGCUCGUUUAACGGGGAUAAGAUCGACAUCACCGUGGAAGUAGCGUCUUGCACUAUGUAA